CCAAGAUGGCGGCGGACGCGCAGGUACAGCACCUCCAGGUGUACGGACUCCUACAGGAUGAGACUUUCCACAUCGCCAAAGCUUGCGCCGAGGCUCUGCACCAAAAGAUGCCAGAGAAGUUUUCAGCUCCCGACAUCCGACCUAUGGUGGAGUUUGAAUGGGAAGAAUACUUGCAGUCCAAGAGGAAGGAACUGAAAGGUGAGACGUGGGCAUUCCAGGAAAAGAUCAUCUCCUUCGCAAACGGCCAGAUGCUGGGCGGACACCAGGAACUGAUCAAGUGGGCACAGGACAACCACGAAUACCAGGAUUUCAGACCUCCGGCCCUGUACCUGGCCCUGGCGGAGGAGGCCUACAAAAACAGGCUCAGCAACGGGAGAACAUUUGUGUACCUGGACAUUUCCAUUGGAGGGGAGGCAGCAGGGAGGUUACUGUUUGAGCUGUACACAGACAAGGUGCCGAAGACGUGUGAAAACUUCCGAGCUCUCUGCACGGGGGAGAAAGGUCGCUCCAAGGACACCAACAUUGACCUUCACUACAAAGGGUCAAUCUUCCACAGAACAGUCAAGAAUGGAUGGAUACAGGGAGGAGAUGUACCAAAUGGAAGAGGGGAUGCUGGAGAAUCCAUCUAUGGACCAGUUUUUGAAGACGAGAACUUUGCGGUGCCCCACGACAGACGGGGUGUCCUGGGGAUGGCGAAUCAGGGCCGACACACCAAUGGGUCACAGUUCUACAUCACCAUGCAGCCUACAGCAUGGAUGAACACCAAAUAUGUGGCCUUUGGACAACUGAUUGAAGGCACUGCCCUGCUGCAGAGGUUGGAGGACCAGCCGACGUACAAUGAGAGACCGAAGGCGGACUGUAGGGUCGAAGACUGCGGCGUUCUGCAGCCUGACGAUGUGUUGGCGCAGGCCCCUGUUGUCAACGGACAUUCAUGAGAGACAUUUCUUCCCAAGGCUCUUAGUUUUACAGUACAGUAUGAUAUACAUGUACUGUAGACAAAGCAUUCUGUAAACUUUGCUGAUUGGCGGGCAUUGACUUUCAUAAGGGCACAACAAAAAUUAGAUCUUGUUGAUAGAAAAUUCAUUUGUAAUAAAGUGUACAAAAUGAGAUUUUUUCAGGCAAUUCAUAUUUGACUUCACCCCAGAGUAUAUCAAUAUCUAGAAGUGGUACGAGAAAGGGAUGAUUUAUGUGUGCUGGCUGUGUAUGGUGGUUGUAGAACAUGUAUUAUAUGUAUUAGGCUAUGCUUGGGAAUCAUAGAACAUCAAUUGCUACAUUUCUGAUGUACAUAAUACAUUAAAACAUUUCUAUUAUUCUGCAGGAAAAUUGUAUUCUUAAGAAUUCUAAUGCUGCAUGCAAACUCCUGUAAAAGAGACACCAUAAGUAAGGAAAAUUGCUAUUAUAGCCUAAGAAAUUAAUAAAUUGCUUCUGAUAUUGUGUGUUUUGAUGAAUUCAAAAUCUUCACAGUUUACAUAUGGUUUUCUUGUGAGUUUGUUAAUCAAGCCUCUUCAGUGUGGUUCACUGAAGUGUUAUACAGUUCACACAGAUUUUUACACACAGCUAUCCUGACCUCCAUUCAAUGAUAGCAGACAGCAGACUAGUAAUAAGAAUGUCAUGAGUUUUUACGAUAUCAUUGCAUAAUGGUACACGGAAUGGU